AUUGUUAAGUGUACAAUCACGAUGUGAUACAAAAGGAGAACCUUCUUGAGGAGAACAACCAAACAAAACAAGCCGAAUGCCGAAUUGGAGGGCAAAGGGCGACAACAAGUACAACAAGAGAACUUUUUUCUGCUUAUUUUAUCUUCCUUUUCCUCAUCCGGACGUCCGGACGAGCGUCGCAGCAAAGAAGCAAAUUUUGACGCUUGCUGCGUUUUUUCAUCAAAGCUUAAAAAGACUUUAUGUAUUGGCGGAGAACGGCGGAAGCAGACGAGAUUCGGGAUUCGAGUUAAAACAUGCGGCCGGCUCGAGCUCCUAGGGGUAGAAGCAGCAGAGGUGGAUUCAGAGGCAGCGGCGGCUUCCGAGGGUCGUCCAGAGGGAUGGUAGGCAGAGGCAGUUUUGCUCCUCGGGCGCGAGGCACCGUUCCCUAUCCAAAACGUGGGGGUUUCGCUGCUCCUCAUGCUGGACGCACUACCAAGCGUCCCUUUUCAGAGAUGGACAGUCGUUCAUCCUCGAGAAGCUCGUACGACCAACACCCUAGCAGCUCCAGACAUUAUGAGAGUUCCAGUACUGAGAAAUUUUAUGCUUAUGGCGACCGAGAGAGCCACAAGCCGAAGUACUCAAGAGAGGAUUCUCCAAAAUACUACCAAGAUUCUUACCGCUCACCUUCUCCGAGGCGAAGGGCUGUGCACUCCGAGUACUAUGAGGAUGAGGCGCCAAGCCACCGCAGCAGCCGCCACCGAGCCGAGGAAAGAUACGAAAGGUACGAAGAGCGCCACCCUGCUGAGGAAAGAUACCUGACCUCCUCCAGAGACAUGUACGCCGAAGAGGAGGUGCCGCCUCCCCCUCUAAUGGAGGAGGAGUAUGAAGUGCCACCGCCCCCGACCAUCAGUAAAAGGGGCAGGGGCACCCUCCGAGGCGCCACAAGUAGAGGAGUCCCGCAAAAAACCUUCAGGUCCUCGGCCUACAGGGCGACUUUGCUGGCUAAGAAAAAACUGGCCGUCGCCAGAGGCGGUGGCUCCUUCAAGAGAUCGCCGUAUAGCAAGAACAGAGUUGUUCAAGAAGUGGUUGGCACUGAAGAGCCACUUUAUGAUGAUGACGAAAUGGAAGAAGAAGGAGGAGGAGGAGAGGAAUAUGACAAGCUGACACCACCAAAACAGAGACCCCCUUUGAGAACUCGCACAGGCCGAAAUUUCAUACCUCUCCUCUGUCCCCACUGCAAGCAGACCUGUGUCACCUUCAAGCAAUAUGAAACUCACCUGGUGAUGAAGCGCCACAUUAUUGCAAUGACAAAGUUGGCGGCCAGGAGCAAGCAGCAGAUCAUUAGCAUGCGGGGCCAGCAGAGGAAGCACCAGAACGCUCAGGAGGAGAACCCUGACGAGGACAAGCCCCUGACCGAGUUCACCUCCUUUUGUCCAAUCUGCAAACUGAACUACCGCCAGAGCAAGGAGGUUCAUGAAACAUCCAAGAUGCACAUUGAAAUAAAGAAACUGCUGUUCCCUUCAUGUGACACUUGCCGUAUUCGCUUCAAGUCUGUUCGCAUCUACGAGCAGCACAUGUGCAGUCUGGGUCACAUAAAGAAUGAUGCAUUCAAGAGAGAAUCUGAAGGUACACGAAAGAAAAUUGAAGAUUCCAAGCCGAAACGACCUAAAGACGAAUUGGACGAAGAGGCCUUGAACUGUCUGGAAGGCUUCAUGGUUGUCGACUCUGUUGGAGAUGACGAAGAAGAAGCUGAAAAAGAGGUGCUUCUUGGACUAGACCGCAUCAAGACGGUGGAGGCUCUCUUUUGUGAUUUGUGCCAGCGCUUUUUGCCUCGGCUGGACGACCAGGACAAGGCCAAGUCGGUGCACUGCCGCAGUUCCCUGCACCAGAAAAACUUUGCCGUUGACGAGAAAAAGAAUCUGGAUAAAAAAAAGGAGGACGAAGAGGAGGCAAAGAGGAAGAAGGCAAAGGAGGAUCAGAAGAAGGAGGAGCUAGAAAAGGAAAAAAAGCCUGUGGUUGAAGAAGAAAUUCCUGAAGACGAGGCUGUUUGGCGCGACGUGGACCGAGACAUUGGAGAGCUGCUGAAGGAGCGCAAUGAUGAUUUGAACUCCAACAACUCCAAUGAGGAAAACCCGUAAAAUUAUGAAUUUGGUGCAAUUAGGAGGAUUUCACGCCACUGCACCUUUUCUUGGGCUGGUUAUCGAAUAUGAAGUAGUCACCUAUUGACCACUCAAGCAAUCAAAGCAAAUGCUGAGCAUUCCUUUGUGUGUGUAGGAUUUCAUGAACUACCACGGAAACAUAUUAAAGUUGUAAAAAAAUCACAAUUCAUGUUUAACUUAAAAUCAGCAAGCUAAGAUGCUUUUAAUUUUUAAAGUAACUUUCGGAUACUUUCAUUGUUUUUUAUUUUGCCAAGUACGAGAUAAAUUUCGAUGCAUAAUUUUGUUUGAUCAGCCAGGCACAAUUUUGUGUAAAACUAGGGAUGAUAAUGAAAUAAAAUUCUGGGAAUAUACAUAGAUAUAAAAUACAGCAGGUUGAA